AUGUUAAAGAAAGUUGUAGUGAUUAUUAUAAAUGAUCCGGUAUUGAUGAGAUAUGGGAAAAUUUUUAAAAAAAUUACUACUUUAUAUUUGUUCUACGAACAAUUAUAUUACUGUUUAGCGGAAUCUACCGUUUGUUGGCGAAAUUAUAAGCUGAAAAGCUCUUUACAUCUGUUGCAUCAAGAAUCUGUCCCAUUAUUACACUGCUAUCAGAAAUUGUACAAGGUCAAAAAAGGUCAAAACAUGAUAAGGGAACAGUAUCCACGAGAAUCUGUCAGAAAUUCAAAAUAUAAUGAAAAAUUACUUCUUAAUUGGCAUAUUGCUUCUACCUCAUAUAUUAAUCUCUCAAUCCUUGAUAAAUUUGAACAAAAUUAUGUACAAAUGAUUACAGUAAUGAAAUUAUUAUCACAUGAUAUGAAUUGUAGUUCUAUUAACGAUGCUCUAUCAGUUGAUCGAAGCAGACGAAUGGAUCAUGACAAUAAUCUAAAACAAUUUGCAUCAGCUAUCAAUGAUGCAUUAAGGCUACGUUAUGGAAAACGAUCAUACGAUCCAAAUCUAUACGACGAAAUCGCUACAUUUCAGCAACUUGGCAAACAGUAUUACCUUCCUUAUUACGAUGAUUUUUAUUUGCACAAUCAACUACAAAAACGAUCACUAUCAACUGAUAGAGUAAUCGCAUCACUCAACGGAGCUGAACGACUCAGAUUUAAACACGAAGGAUUGGAAAUACGUGUACGUACACGUACACAUACGCAAACUUUUAGAACAAACUUCAUAAUAAUAAAUAGUCUUCUGAUUUUGUAUUUGAAAGAAUAUUAA